AUGUCGUCCACAUUGGCGGCGCUGGAUGCAGUCCCCAGACGGCCAUCGGAACUCGGCAAGCUGCCGCGCCAUAGCUCAGGGGAAGCGGGAGAUGAACCGUCCAGUGUGGAAUUCGUGAAAACUGUGGCUGAGUUUCACACCGCCAUAGCUCGUACUCACAUAGACUACUCACGCAGUUUACAGUCAUUGGUAGAAACCUUCAAAGAAAAAACACUACUGGCCAAAGAGAGAUGGAAAGAAUGCACAAAUCUCUUCACAGUCUGGGAAAAUGUUUUACAUGCGUAUGGUUCGGCAGCUCAAGAUCAUAGUGACCUUGGUGAGGCUAUAGAGGCGUCUGUCACCGAUCAGCUGGUGGAGUCAGCGAAAUACAAACAGCAACUUGUGAAGAUGUUAGAUGUGUAUCAUGAUGAUUAUCUCAAACAAUCCGAAUCACUGGAUGCCAUCAUUGACAAGAGCGAAAAGGAAUACAUCGAGAGCUGGUCAAAAAUGUCCAAAGAUGGGAUGAACAGUAAAAAGAAUCACAAUACGGCAUUCUGCUACAAUAGAUUAAAUGAUUACGUUCUUCAGCUGACGACAGCAAACCAGUUCAAUGUUUCUCUAUCUACCGCAGUGCUUCCAAAAGUCAACUCUGAUGCAGAUCUCAUACGUCACGAAAUAUCAGAAUCAGGAAUAUCAGGUUUAUCAUGGCACUCCAAAAUCCUUAUAUCAAAGUUAUCGGAUCAGAUUCGGAAACUUGAGGUCAUCUCGAAGAGGUCAGCAUCCGAGAAGCCGAAGGGUAACCCCGAGUCCUUUGAAGCAAAGCAAUAUUCCUUCAGCAAACCCCAGCCAACAGCCGGAGGGGAUUUUGCUUUAAAUAAACUGGUGCUUAACUCUGCCACUGAGGGCGUCUUAAAAGAAAAGUAUGACUCACUCGCCAAAGAGAUCCAAACAUUGGAGACGGAAAUAAAUGUCGUCAAAGACCAGACCAACAGGUUAAAGAGGCAAUAUGAAAGCAUCAAGUCGAAUCAAUCAAGUAAAGCACACGAAACGUUACUGGAGAUUCACAAGUUACGCAAUGGCAACAGACAGAACGAGACGAAUCUCGCCUGCAAGAGAGCCCAGCUUCUGUUAUUUUCACCCGACUGGUUCAAGACUCGUCUAAGCAAUGGUCAUACUGUCAUGGCUUCUCCCGAGAGACGGGCUUCUGAAUCAGGCGAUUCCAUUCGAGAAAUGGGGGUGUCAAGUAAUGGCUCAAUCAACUCAAAGUCGCACGUCUUCCAGGAAUAUAACUUUAUCAAACCAACAUUUUGUGACGAUUGUAAGGGCAUGCUGAAAGGUAUUAUGAGACAAGGUCUACGAUGUAAAGUAUGUAAGGCCAACGUUCAUCACAGAUGCAUGGAAUCCGUCUCAUCAUGUUCCGGUCCUGCAACACCUGACAAGAGGAAGAUGUUGAGAAGACAGAAGAGUACCACCGAUCUUGAUACAAGGAGCUUAAGUGAUAUGAAGGGCGCCAUUAGAGAAGAACCAGUUGAUCCCAUCUACCAGACCAUCAAGUGUGCUGCCAAGUUAACCGGGUCCACGACGGACAUGUCGUCCCGUCGAGGGUCGGUAACCUCAAUGAUGUCUUCUGUCAGUCCUAAAGGGACGCCCUCUAAGAUGAAACCGCAGCAGGCAGCAUCUCCUGUUAACAGUGAGGGUAACUUCUUGCUCGCUCCGGACUCACCUUCCAGGCGAUCAGGGACACCCAAGUCAGCACCACAUAGUCCGAACCAGGCAGGCGAGGAGUCUAGGCGGAAGAUACUCCAGUCUUACGGGAAGAGCAUGUCAUUCGAUACAGAGCCAUCACAUAAACCAAGUACUAAUGGACGAAAGAGCGAACCACCGACUCCUGUCGAAAACACUCCCCCACGUCACUGUUCUUCUGCCUCUGACGUCAUGAAUGUGCGGUUUCCGUCAACCCUACCGUCCCGGCAAAAAUAUUCUGGUCGCAUUAUAUCCAGUUCAGUCAAGUCUUGUAAGGACGCCUCAACCAGCCCAGCGCCAGGGAGAGAGUACAUCUGUCUCUAUGAUUUUGAAGGCAUGUUACGGGACGACCUGUCGUUGAAGGCUGGUCAGAGAGUAAGGGUUGCCGAAGACGAAGGAUCGGAUUGGUGGAAGGGUGACUGCGAUGGUCGGUUUGGCUACUUUCCUGCGUUCUGUGUCACGUUCCUUCAACCCUGGGAGAGGGUUAUGGUGGUGAUGCAUAGCUUCAAGGCAUCUCACGAGAAAGAAGACGGGCUUACUUUACGAAAAGGCCAGGUUGUGAUCCAGAUGUCCCCGGAGGAUAAUGGUUGGAGCCAGGUCAGAACCGGUCGCAAGAGCGGCUUCUUUCCGUACCAGUAUCUGGAAAUGUUUGGAAAACAGAAAGGAUAACAUUUUGCUUGUUUCUGUAUGGAAGUUUUUUUCUUUAUUGCGGAAUGAACCAAAUUGAGUUCGAUUGACAUGAUUGAGUAGUAAUCAAGACGAUGUACCUAACCAUUUUUGUUUAAAGACCGUCAAUACUACUGGGCCAGAAGGGAUAAGACCACACAGCGAG